CCGGCGGGCAACGGGCGUCCCUGCAGCCAGCGAUCGGGAGGAGGAGCCGCGGCGCGCCGGGGGCAGCCGAGGAGCCGAAGAGGGCGCCCCAGGUGGCUGCCCCUACCCUCUCCUGAGAUGUCAAGAAGGAGGGGGCCGCCUGUGUCCCCCACUGGGGCCCCCCAGAGCCUGGGGGCCCCCAGCCCUGGAGCCUGGAGGUGGAGGAGGUGCUGACAGGUGCUCAGCGAGAUGCCCCCAAGCCCCUCCUGCUCCCUCCCCAUCCUCCUCCUCUUCCUCCUCCCCAGUGCCCCAAUGGAGCCCCAUCCCCCACCCUUACCACUGCCCCCAUUUCUGGCCCCUGAGUGGGACCUCCUGUCCCCUCGAGUAGUCCUGUCCAGGGGAACCCCCGCCGGGCCCCCUCUGCUGUUCCUGCUGGAGGCCGGGGCUUUUGGGGAGCCGGCUGGCCGCCCCGCCAACCGCAGCCGGCGAGGGGCAAGUGAGACAGCGCCGGCGAGCCGCCGGGGAGAGCUGGCUGUGUGUGACGCGGUCAGCGGCUGGGUGACAGACCGCCGGACGGCCGUGGACCUGCGUGGGCGUGAGGUGGAGGUGCUGGGCGAGGUUCCUGCGGCCGGCGGCAGUCCCCUCCGUCAGUACUUCUUUGAGACCCGCUGCAAGGCCGACAGCACCGAGGAAGGUGGCCCUGGUGGGGGAGGAGGGGGCUGCCGGGGUGUGGACCGGAGGCACUGGGUAUCCGAGUGUAAAGCCAAGCAGUCCUACGUGCGGGCGUUGACCGCUGAUGCCCAGGGCCGCGUAGGCUGGCGAUGGAUUCGAAUUGACACAGCCUGCGUCUGCACCCUCCUCAGCCGGACUGGCCGGGCCUGAGGCCCAUGCCCAGGAACUGGGCAGGCAGAGGAAGAAGACCGCCGGAUGCUGAGGGACCUCAGGGGUGGCCUGGCUGUUCAGGGCUUCGGUUUGGGAACUUGUGAAAUGGUCACAAAAUCACAGCUUUCUGAUUUCAAGAGCUCAAUCCAUGCAAGACAGGUGGUGAAACCAAAUGGGGUUUUGAAGGAUGAAUAGGAGUUCUCCUGGAUGAACUUGAGGGUAACGAUGAUGAUAAUAGCCCAAGUUUUCUGAGUGUCUACUGUUUAUCAGCGCUAAUACACAAUUUGUCAGAUCAACUCUAGUGGAUUUGACCAUCAGAGGCCCUUGGCUUCCCAGUUGCUAACCCCUUGAACUCAAAGGACAUCUUGCCCACUCCGGGGAGAGUGACAAGGAAGUGAUCUGUCAAGAAGUGGGUGGGGGAGCAUGAAAACUGGAACAUAAGCAACUAGCUGGGAGCUCGGGUUUGAAAGAGAAAUCUUACUUGAUCAGAGGGGCAAGUGUUGGUUUUGAAUGUUCUUUUUUGAGGUAGUGAGCCACCCAUCACCCACAACCAAAACAAAGUGGAUCGGAGGACAGGAGGUAGAGAUUGGCCCUGUUGGGGAGUUGGAGUCAGGUUUCUACUCCCUUUUCUGUCCCAACCGUGUACUCAUAUCGGGAAAGAAAUAGACUUUAGAAUCGUC